GAUGUUUGGCGGCCUGUGGGGGAAGACAAGAUCAAGUCGUUUGUGCAAUAUCGCCAACUGUACAGUGAGUGCGCCACACUCUUCUUUGGCGAUAACGGACAGGGAGACCUAAUGUGUGCAGAGCGUCUCACUGGCAUGAACAACACCGAGUGCCCGGAA